AUGAAGUCACAUAUUGGAGAGUGGAAGAUAUUGAAGUCAAGUGGAGAUGUCGAGGGUGGCGAGGGGUAUGAUGAGAUCCCGGCUAGCAGGAUUCGGGCUGGUUUAGAGUUAAUUUUGUAUCCAUGGAGGCUGAGGCUGGCACCAAUUUUAAGAGUCUGGUUGAUGAUUCCUGACCGUUUGAUACCACAGCGUGAUUAA